UGGCUGUGGCCGGUGCAUUAGCGCAGAGCUGGCGCCAGGCAGCAGCCCUUCACUGGACCCUGGGGACUGGACAGAUGCCCUCCCGGCCCCCCUGCUGCAUUUGCUCUCCAGCCCCCCACUCCUCCGGGGUCGUGGCAGAGCUCCCGGACCUGCGCCCCUGGCCGCGAUGAGCCACCCCUCGGGUCUCCGGGCCAGCGCCGGCUCCACCUCGUACCGCCGCGCCUUCGGGCCGCCGCCCUCGCUGUCCCCGGGGGCCUUCUCCUUCGCGUCCAGCUCGCGCUUCUCCAGCAGCCGCCUGCUGGGCUCGGCGUCCUCCGGCUCCUCGGGGCGCCUGGGCGGCUUCCGCGGGCCGCGGGCGGGCUCCCUGCUGCGCCUGCCCUCGGAGCGCCUCGACUUCUCCAUGGCCGAGGCCCUCAACCAGGAGUUCCUGGCCACGCGCAGCAACGAGAAGCAGGAGCUGCAGGAGCUCAACGACCGCUUCGCCAACUUCAUCGAGAAGGUGCGCUUCCUGGAGCAGCAGAACGCGGCCCUGCGCGGGGAGCUGAGCCAGGCCCGGGGCCAGGAGCCGGCGCGCGCCGACCAGCUGUGCCAGCAGGAGCUGCGCGAGCUGCGCCGGGAGCUGGAGCUGCUGGGCCGCGAGCGCGACCGGGUGCAGGUGGAGCGCGACGGGCUGGCCGAGGACCUGGCGGCGCUCAAGCAGAGGUUGGAGGACGAGAUGCGCAAGCGGGAGGACGCCGAGCACAACCUCGUGCUCUUCCGCAAGGACGUGGACGAUGCCACCCUGUCGCGCCUGGAACUGGAGCGCAAGAUCGAGUCUCUGAUGGAUGAGAUUGAGUUUCUCAAGAAACUGCACGAGGAGGAGCUGCGGGACCUGCAGGUGAGCGUGGACAGCCAGCAGCUGCAGCAGGUCGAGCUAGAGGCGACCGUGAAGCCGGAGCUGACGGCGGCGCUGAGGGACAUCCGCGCGCAGUACGAGAGCAUCGCGGUGAAGAACCUGCAGGAGGCAGAGGAGUGGUACAAGUCCAAGUACGCGGACCUGUCGGACGCCGCCAACCGGAACCACGAAGCCCUGCGCCAGGCCAAGCAGGAGAUGAACGAGUCGCGGCGCCAGAUCCAGAGCCUCACGUGCGAGCUGGACGGGCUGCGCGGCACCAACGAGGCGCUGCUCAGGCAGCUGCGGGAGCUGGAGGAGCAGUUCGCCCUGGAGGCGGGCGGGUACCAGGCGGGCGCCGCGCGGCUGGAGGAGGAGCUGCGGCAGCUGAAGGAGGAGAUGGCCAGGCACCUCCGCGAGUACCAGGAGCUGCUCAACGUCAAGAUGGCCCUGGACAUCGAGAUCGCCACCUACCGCAAGCUGCUGGAGGGCGAGGAGAGCCGGAUCUCUGUGCCCGUCCAUUCCUUCGCAUCCUGGAGUGUGAAGAGAACCGAGAUGGAUCCUCCGCAGGACAGUCACAGCCGGAAGAUGGUUCUGAUCAAGACCAUAGAGACUCGAGACGGGGAGCAGGUGGUGACUGAGUCGCAGAAGGAGCAGCGCAGUGAGCUGGAUAAGUCUCCCACUCACAGCUACUGAGCCCAGGCCCCAGCGACUGCAGCUGAGGGGCCCAAACCCUCACCCCCUACUCCUGCAUAGCCUCCUCACCCCCUGCAUGAGUCUGGGGGACACCCCCCAGCACCUUACUCUCCACCACCACAAUCUCCCCCAACCCCAACCCCAGCAGGAGCUGCGUUGCUCUCAGCCCUGAGACCUGCUGAUCCCUGUUCCUCAUCCUGACAAUGGCUGAUGAUCCCCUAACUAAUCUGCUCCUGCCCUUUCUGGCUGCUGUGCCCGUGGGUGGGGUUAGUGUCUGGGUUUCAUUUCUGAAUGAAAUAAAACUGC